AUGACAGUUGGCCAUGGCGUAUUGCAAGGAGAUUGCCUCAGUCCUCUUCUUUUUAACAUGUGCUUCAAUACAUUCAUUCAGCAUAUCAAGGCUGAAAAGUACCGUCAAUUUGGGUUUUCCUUCAAAUUACUAAAUCCCAUCCAUUGGUUCCAGUUUGCUGAUGACGCGACUGUAAUUACUGGCCAAGAAUCCGAAAACCAACAUCUAUUAAAUCGAUUUUCUAUCUGGUGCCAAUGGUCCGAUAUGAUUAUCCGAGUUGACAAAUGCAGUACCUUUGGCAUUAAAAAAGCGAUCACAAAAUCAGUUCAGUACUUGCCAAAACUAAUCAUCAGCAAUCAACUAAUACCAAAAAUCACCAUUGGAGAAUCAUUUCAAUAUUUAGGACGUUACUUUGAUUUCCACAUGUCGAAUGAUAAUCACAAAACUGAACUAACCACCCUACUUAACGAACUAAUGUCUGAUAUUGACUCAAAGCCACUACACCCCAAAAAUAAACUGCUCCUCUACAGUCGGUACGUCUUGUCCAAGUUAGCCUGGCACUUCACCGUCGCAACACUCUCUAAAACAUGGGUUACUGAAAAUAUCGACUCUAUUGCCAACAAAUAUAUCCGCAGAUGGCAUGAAGUACCAAUAUCAGGAACACUAAGUACUGUCUUUCUAACAAAUAACAAAUUUGGCCUGAGUAUUUAUCCUCCAUUUGUAAAAUUUAUCCAGUGUCAAACAGUCCUCCGAAAAGCUUUAAAAUCUUUUCCUAAUGAAUCAACUAACGACCUGUGGAGAACAACCAGUAACCAUACUAAUAUCCAAUAUGACGCUUAUAACUCUACUAAGGAAGUUCUCAAAGAUUUCCGUUCUGGACACGAAAACAAACUCCUAAACCAAUUAACCAGUCAAGGAUCCUUUUUUUGCAGCGUCACGAAGUUCGCUUUACCUCAGCUUAGCAAGGUGUGGUCCGUCGCCCAAUCAAAGCUCCCGAAAAACAUUUACAACUUUACCAUUUGUUACAUUAACAACUCUCUUCCGACGCGCAAAAACCUAAACAGAUGUGCAAUAUCUUCAAAUUCAGACUGUUCUUUUUGUCUUAGCCCUGAAACAUUACUACACAUAGUAGCUGGAUGUCAGUUUUAUCUCGACCGAUUUACGUGGAGACACAAUUCAGUCCUGAACUUUCUUGCUCAUCAGUUACAAACUGUUGACGGGUCUACUCUCUACGCUGAUCUAAAUGGAUUCAAAAGCCCUUCAAUACUUACUGGUGAUACGUAUCGCCCAGAUUUGUUAUUAUCGUGCUCAAAUGGUUCCUUAUAUGUGGUUGAACUCACCACUUGUUAUGAGACAAACCUCAAAAACAACGUAAAACGGAAGAAGGAUAAAUAUAGAGAAUUAUUGAGACAGCUAGGUAAAAAUUUUAACCAAGUUAAAUUUAUAAAUCUCUCCAUCAGCUCUUUAGGUAUUUUUGCAGAAGAAUGUUAUACAUUUUUAGACACGUUAGAAAGCAUUGGUCUUGACAAAAACCACCAAAUGUACUGCGUUAGGAAAAUGAUGACUAUUGCUAUUAGAACUACAUAUUACAUUUUUUGCUGCCGAAAUAAGGAAUGGGAAAAUCCGGAUUUACUAACAAUUUGACUUAUCUCAUUGUAUAUAUAUAUAUAUUGCAUGCACUUUGUUCUGUUAUUUUAGUUUAGUAUAAUUGUGAUUCAAAUAGCCAAUCGUAAGUUACCUUUAUGAGAGAGAUUUACGAUUGUAUAUGUAUGUAAAGAAAAACAUUUAAUAAAGUUUCCAUUAUUAGAAUAAAAUAAAAUAAUUUUAAAAAUAUGAAAGUUUUUCAACUAAAGAUUUGAAAAAAUCAUUAAAGAAAUUAAAAUUAGAAAACGGAGAUAUCUUGGAGAUCAAGUUUGUCGCAAAGAAACUGCGCAACCUUCUUAAUAAGUCUAAUAUUACGGACCCAAAUAACACUGAUAGUCAUGCGUCUGCAAAUAUUGAUCACGACAGUCUGAUUGGUAAAAGUUUCUGGGGUUUCGUUAAACGAUUUUUCAAAAAGAAUACUAGCUCAUUUCCAUCAUUUAACCUAGCAGAAUGUACAUCAUAUUUUACCAAAACAUUGUCCGCGAUUAGCCCAACUAAAACGUUCAACAUCCCCAGUUGGAUCCCAAAAUUUCCAUCUCCUCAGACGCCUUUUAAUCUUGACCCCCCGACCUAUCAAGAGAUUACAAAUGUCAUCCGUAAAAUGAAACCGUCUGGCUCACCAUGUCCACUUGAUCAAAUAUCUAUCAUCUAUAUUAAACGCUGUCCUUAUUUACGCUCGUAAUUAACUGAGAUAAUCCACGCAGCCUGGUCUUGCGGUGUUGUCCCGUCUGAAUGGAAGAAAGCAUGCACGAUUCUAAUUCAUAAGAAAGGAGAAACAGCAAACCCAGCGGACUUUCGACCCAUUACUCUCGAAUCUGUCCCACUCAAAGUUUUCACAUCAUGUCUUCGCAACAGGACAUUUCAGUUUCUUGCAGAAAAAAAUUACAGAGAACAGAACAUACAGAAAGGUUUCACUCCAAAACUCUCAGGAACACUAGAACAGUUGGCACAUAUCAUUAAUAAAGCGCGAGUAAAACAACGAUCACUUAUCGUAACACUAUUAGAUCUCAAAAAUGCAUUCGGCGAAGUCCACCAUAACCUUAUUUAUGAAGUUCUUGAAUAUCACCACAUUCCCAAUCACAUAGAGAAUCUUGUCUGUAGCCUUUAUACUGAUUUCCAAACUUCCAUAAUAACUGAACAGUUCAAUACUUCCUUCAUUACAGUCGGUCGUGGCGUCCUUCAAGGCGAUUGUCUCAGUCCUCUUUUAUUCAACAUGCCUUUCAAUACCUUUAUCCAACAUAUUGAAUCGGAAAAAUACCGUCAACUUGGAUUUUGGAAAUCCAGCGAAAACGGUACCCCAUUAAAUCCUCCUCAUUGGUUCCAGUUUGCCGACGACGCGGCUGUUGUUAGCGGCCAAGAAAAAGAAAACCAAAUGCUCCUCAAUCGCUUUACAAUCUGGUGUCAGUGGGCUCAAAUGAUAAUACGUGUAGACAAAUGUUCAACAUUUGGCAUUAGGAAACAAGUAACCAAAUCCAUUCAAUAUCUCCCAAAACUAUUUAUAAAUAACUGUCUUGUACCACGUGUUGAACUUGGUAAAUCGUUUCGCUACUUAGGUCGCUAUUUUGGUUUCAACAUGUCCGACGAAGAUCACAAAUCUGAAGUAUAUGACACACUUACUAGUAUCCUGAAUGAAAUUGAUGAUCUAGCUACCAUUACAUCCGAAAAACAAAAUUCUCUUAUACCGCAGUCGUUAUGUGCUUUCCAAAAUCUCUUGGCACUUCACUGUUUCUGA